UUUUAAAAAAUAUGUAUAUGAAAAAUGUUGAUGAAGUAUGUUAGGCGAGAUGCCCACUCGAAUAUCUCUACGCAAAUUCGGCUUUGAAUGAAGUUUUCCUCAAGGUCGCGACCCACAUAGAGGCCAAAGUUCUUGGCAUUCACGCCUCCCAAAGACACGCCGCCUGACACCUGAUAUCUGGCACUUGGCACUUGGCACCUGGCACCUGGCACCUCGUUGUUUUGUUAUCGAUUGCUAACCCAUUUGGGAGCGCCAGUUUCCUGGCAACAGCCUGGCAAAAGCGCCAAUCAAUCGCCGACUGAUUUGGUCAGUAGUUGGAUUUUAGCCCUUUUGUUAAGGACGGUGGAUUUUGAGAUUUUUUUAACGAGCGAUUGCAUAACAAUCUCGCGGCAUGUCAAACGUUCUGAACACCAUCCUUGCUGUGGACAAGGAGCAGGAGCUGCUGCAGAGCUUCAUCCGCACGGGAGCAGCGGCCGAAGAGGAGUCGCAGGACGAGGGAAACAGGCGCUCCAAGGGACGCUCCCACAAGCCGCCCAUUUGGGAGAGGCGGGAAUCCACGGAGAGAGGAGGACGUGGCGGAGGACGAGAUGGCAAGCAGGCGGACGAUGGAGGAGCCGGCGGAGGAGCAGGUGGCGAUGGAGCGGGCGGCAAGCGGGGCAAUCGCAUCGAGGCCGAACUGAGAGCGGCUCGCAAAAAGAUCGAGGAGCAGAUCGCCAAGAAGAAGAAGCCAAAGGAGAACUUCGUGGACUUCUACACGGACAAGGAUCGGGCGGCAGCAGUUAGCGCUGGAGCCUUCGACAUCAAGCAGAGUCUGCAGAUCAAGCAGAAGCAGGAUCGCAACGAGGCACUCCUCAUUCCCGAUGAGGCGGACAUCAGCUCGGUGAUCGCACUGGGCCUCAAGGAGAUCAAGAACGCCAAUCCCGAGAACGCAAUUCACUUUUUCUGCAAGGCCCUGGAGCUGAACAGCACCGACAUCAAUGCCCUGAUCUCGCGCAGCAAGUGCUACUUAUUGCUGGGCGAGGCUUCCAAAGCCCUGCAGGAUGCGGAGACGGCUCUGGGCGAGGAUAAGAACAACAUUCGGGCCAUCUACCAGAAGGCCGAAUCGCUUUACUACCUGGGACAGUUCGAGCAGAGCCUGAUGUUCUUCCACCGCGGCUUGAGAGCCCGCCCGGAAUUGGCACUGUUUCGUCUUGGUGUCCAGAAGACCCAGGAGGCCAUAGAGAACACGAUUGGCAGCAAGCCGGCUCCGGUGACAGCAGCUCCUUCAGCCAAGAGUGGCAAGUCGCGAAAGUCCGGCGAGGAAACGCCAAAAUCGCAGGCAGUUGCUGGAACGGGAACCAGUGCAAGGGUACGCCAGAAGCCCAGUCGAGCGGAUCUGGAGCGACGCAAUGCCCGCAAACUUCUCGGAGAACUGUGCGUGGACAAGGAGUAUCUGGAGAAGCUGCUGCUGCAUCCGGAUUUGGUGCGUGCGGACACCCACACGGAGAGCAUAUCCGCCUAUGCCCGCGAGGCGGUGGAGUUCCUCAACAAACGACAGGAAUUUUGGCGCCAACAGCGUCCUUGCACCGCCCUUCCCAACCACAAGAAUCUGCCGCACGACGCAAUGCCCAAGUGGUUCUAAUGGCUUCAGUUGUCCAUAGCUUCCUUGAGAUUUACAGCUUCCGAUGUUGAGUUUUUGUUUGAGUUGAGCCCGCUAGACAAGCUGGAAUUAAAUGAAAUAAA